GGCUGGGGGAAGAGGGAGGCAACUGACCACAGUGCAGCACCAGUAACCUUGUCUUAUGUGAUCAUUAACCUUGCUGGAGAGUGCAGCUGGCAGCUCACUCUGAGGUUUGUCAUUAGAAUCGUGAGCGGAGCCACAGAGAUACUGCCAGAGUAUUUAAGGGGUGGUUUGGUUUUCUGGGAGUGCUCUGGCUGUCUUCUGUGUGGCAGCAAAAUGAGAUUUCCAUUGCUCUUUUUGGUAUUUCUUUUUUUCGCGAUGGGCAUCCUCCUUAUCAAUGGACAAAGGCCAGGUAACCUGGCAUUGCGAAGAAAACUGCAUCGACACAGCUGUCUCCAGAGGAGAUGCAUACCCCUUCAUUCCCGGGUGCCCUUCCCCUGAGGUAAAAACCAUUUCUAGUAGACCUGGGCUGCCAGGAAAUGAGGAAGACGGAAUGAAGCAAAGAGUUCUACUCAAGAAAACCUCAUUAUUACAACAUUGUGAUCUGCGUAGAGUCCAGAUACUGAAAGGAAUCAUUGAACAUCACUCAAGGACGAUUAUUUGUGAACAUCGAGGGGAACUACAAUAUUUGGUUUCACUUCCAGGGAAAAUAACACGAGAUUCAAAAAAUUAUUCUGAAUGAUCUGCCAACAUAAUGAAGCCAGUCAGUUUAUGCUUCUGCACAUCUGGAUGCUUAUAGUUUUAAAAGAAAAAACUUUUCAUAAAUUACACUUGAUAUUAGAAUGGAAAAGCCUAGAUUUCUAGAUGAAUCUAUAUAUCCAUACCAUAAACUGAACAAGUUACAAGAAUUUUAAACCCUUGUUUUGAACUCCAGCAGUAUGAACUACAGUUUUGAAGUUUAAAAAUGAAUUAAGCUAUGUUUGUAUGAUGGGGGGUGGGGGGUGGGAAGUCCAGUCUAGUCCUUUCAACAAUCUUUAUAGUCAAAUUUUACCAAACUUACUAUAGAAAUUAGAUAGAAGACACUGAAUCCAGUGGUUGCAUCCAGACUCAUCUUAAAAAUAGGAAACUAUUUAAUAGUUGUCAUUUUAAACAAACAAGGGUUAAUGAUUAAGUCAAUGUAGGUCACUUAAAAUUUCCAAAUGCAAAUUAUAAUAUAUAAAUUGAAUUAUAAAAUCCUCCUCUAAUGACAGAUUAUUUUAAAGGUAAAAGUUGUUCAUUUCUGAAAUGUCUUAGAAUGAAGAAAUUCUGAGAAAUAAAAGUUAAAUUUCUGAAGCAUGAUUCCCAGUAGAUUUCUACUUGACAGAUGCAAUUAAAUUGUAAUAAUAUAUGAAGUUAUCUUGAAGGUUCCAUCUAGUUCUCAGAUUCUAUGUUUCCAAAGUAGCCCAUUUAAGAAGACUCUUUUUAAAAUGCAAUUAUUAGUCAGUUCUUAAAUACACUGAUUUGUGUCUCAUUUUAAGUUUUUUUUUUCUCCUUGUACACAUAUUUAAGUUUCCUGCUGAUGCACCCAUAUUAGGAGAAUAUGUAAAUUCAGUAAUUCAACACAUUUUUUGAGCACCAUUAUUUCAGAAGUACAGUGACUUCCCUCUAAUGGGCUAUAUAAACGAAUAAAAUAAAAUCCUUGACUUCUGGAACGUAAAAUCUAAUAGGGGAAGUUGUAGGGAUAAAAUAAGCAUCAAUGAAAACAGUGAGAUAAAUAUCAUUAGGAAGAGACCAAGGGAACUUACUAGUGAACCCCAGAGGCUCGAUUUGGGGAGGGAAAAAAAGGAAGGAAUUGGGAGAUGAAGGGAAAAUAUACUAUCUUGGGAAAAUUUGAGUUUCUGACUCUUAGAUUACAUAGUAUUUGUAUUGGAGAUUAAACCAUUUUCACUAUUUAACUCUAAUUAUACAGUAUUUGCAUUGGGAUUAAACAGUUUUCACUAUUUAACUAGAAGUUAGUUUUAGAAACAAAAUUUCAGGAAAUUCAUAAAUAAUUUUCAACUUAAAAAUAGCAUGCUUAAACUGGUAGUUUUACAUUGUGAACAUUGGUUAGAACAAAGGAGGCACCAGGAAUCUCAGAUUCCUUUUUUUAAAAAUGAACAAAUUUGGGCUCAGAUAUAUUACAUUUAUGGAACCUUUUAUUAUGGAAUUUUACAUUAUAGAAUUAUAGUACCUUCUGGAACCCUUUGGAAUACUUGCUUCUUUAAUUCAUAUACUGUUCACAUUGGUCUUAUAGAGUCCAAAGAUUUUAGAUAAGGUAAAAGAAAAACCCAAGCUGAAGAAUCUUAAGAAACUACUUUCCUUUAAAAAACUAGGUUUCUGGAAGAAUUUUAGAUCUUCACUCUAAAUGUGACUAAAUAAAAACAUGUUACUAUCUAUGCUAUUUAUGUUUAUAAAAUAUAAACUUGUCUGUAUAUUUUGUAAAAGAAAAACCUUAUGCACUUCAAAUAUAUCUCAUUUAAUAGCAUUUUACGAUAUUUUAUUUUAUUUUUUCAUUAGGCCCUGUAUUGCUAGAAAAAAUUAAAUUCAUCUACUUUCUUUUAUAAAUUUACAUUUUAAAAUAUGUUUCUUAGUUAACUGAUAUUGGGUCAAUAAAAGAAUACUUGCUU